AUGAGCCACCGUCUGUAUGACCCUACCUCUGGCAAGAAGAAGAUUACAACACCGCGACAGAACAAGCCGGAAUUCGUUUCUGGUAAAAUCGGCCGGGAUGGCGUGGAUGGCCUCCCACAACUUCCCAUCGAUGAUCCUCUGAACCCCGAACUCCGAGUCCUCUUCCAUCAUUUCUUCAACUCGGUUUUCGAUCGGCUGGCUGGCAUCUUUCGAGGCCCUCUGCUCGAACCGGGCUACAAGAAUCGCAUGUUGGGCGUGGCCUUGAGCAAUCAGGCUUAUUGUAUGGGCCUCAUUACCCAAGCUCAAACCGACACUGCCAUUUCGAAAGGGACUUUUGCCGAGACGAGAGAGUCCCUCGAUCUUUACACCAGGUUGAUCAGCAUCUUCCGCAACCAACUGGCGGCCAGUACUGCCAACGGCCCACCCAACCCUAUGCACAUCGAACUUGCUCUGCUGGUUCUGUGUAUCCUCUUGUCCUACAAUGUGACUCGUGGCAAAUAUAGCGAACUCAAUAUGAACUGGACGGCAAUGCGACACCUCGUCAAUCUGAGGGGAGGUGUCCACAAUCUUACGAUGGCUCUUGCCUAUGUCGUCCACGUGGACAGGCUCUGUGCAACCAUGCUAGGUGCGCGCCCAACCUACGUGAGCCCCUCCCCACGACUGCACCAGCUCAAUCGGCCCUCUUCGAUCACCUAUAGUUCGGGGUUUGUGCGCCUCGAAACCUUCCAAAGCCAUCUGGUUGGCAGUCCCGUGCUCGAGCAUUGCUUAAGCACCUGUGAGCUCCUGUCGCUUCACCAGGCUUUCCACGAAGCUCCAUCGUCGGAGCAUCGUGCAGGUCCGCCGUUGCCUUCCAGUCCAGAGUAUCUAUACUACCUCCGCGACAGGGUAGACGAGGAUUUUGCCAUCCUGUAUUCGGAGAUGCUGCACCAAAAUACGCCGGCUAAAUGCAUCUUGCUGGCCACAAGGAUCGCUGAAUAUCCUGUCACAUGGGCCAACUACGUGCCUUCCAUCACCAUGGACCUGUGUACCGAAUUAUGUGCUAUGCUACGCAAUGAGGACUUGUUUGAAUGCUGGUCGGGAGCAUUGGACGUUCUCAGCUGGAUCCUCUUCGUAUUGCUGACCAGUCCUUGGCCGUUCGAGGGUCGAGAUUGGGCUUUGUCUUGCCUGCAAGGUAUCAUUGGGGCUAAGUAUGGCGCGGCUCAGUGGCCUAGUAACUGGUGGGAAGACGAGCUAGCCAGUGUCAAGGCUUUUGCAUGGUCUGAUGCCAAAUAUUCGGUGAAAUUCGCUCAGGUGUGCAAAGAGCUUGAAACUGGAACCCAGAGCCAGUCUGUGCCAGAGGAAAAGCCGAAAACCGAGCCCAAGAGUGAUCAGUGA